AUGCGGUAUUAUGAACAAAGAUAUCCAGAAGUCGACGAGCUCGUCAUGGUCCAAGUCCGCCAGAUUGCGGAAAUGGGUGCAUACGUCAAACUGCUCGAAUACGACAACAUCGAGGGAAUGAUUCUCCUUUCAGAGCUUUCUCGUAGACGUAUCCGAUCGAUACAAAAGCUCAUUCGUGUUGGCCGUAACGAAGUCGUAGUGGUACUUCGUGUGGAUAGGGAAAAAGGCUACAUCGAUCUAUCAAAACGUCGUGUCUCCCCUGAGGACAUCAUCAAGUGUGAGGAACGGUACAUGAAGUCAAAAGCUGUCGCAUCGAUCAUGCGGCAUGUCGCGUCAAAGUUGCCAUCUAUGGAUGCAGACGCUGCUAUUUCACCAGAGGACGAGGCGGUGGAGAAGGAGACGAAGAAAGUUAGGCGUGCGGCGAAGAAGGACAAUCCUGAGGAGGCUGCGGCUGCCAUAGCUGCUGAAGAGGCCGCCGCUGUGCCGCACGAUGGCUCGAACGAAGAAGAAAGAUUGGAAAAACUGUAUGAGCAGGUGGCCUGGCCACUUGGUCAUAAAUAUGGACACACAUACGAUGCGUUUAAGCUUGCUUUGACCUGCGCGCCUGAUAUCGAACUGACAUGCUACACCCCUGCCGGUAUCGAUGCCAUCAAAAAGGCCCUGAGGGCAGGUGAAGCACAAAGCAACGAGACGGUGCCGAUCAAAGCCAAGCUUGUAGCCCCUCCACUAUACGUUCUCAGUACAAACGCAACAGACAAGUAUGCUGCUGUUGAUCGUUUAGAACGUGCGAUCGAGUCGAUUCUGAGUACCAUCGAGGGUCAAGGUGGAAACCUAGUUGUGAAGAUGAAGCCAAAAGCUGUCUCUGAGACGGAAGAGCAGGAUCUCGCACAGCUCAUGGCCAAAGCAGGUCAAGAGAAUGCAGAAGUCUCUGGUGAUGAGGAUGACGAGGAGGGGGUCCAGUAG